AUGUGUGGCACACUGAGCAACGAAGUACACUGCACCAGGAUAACGCCGAUCCAAGGUUCUACUUCGAAUAUGGACGAUGCGGGAAAGCGGGUCCUGGAAACCAGUGCAACGGUUGUCGACCUGACCCUCAAAGAAACGCUUUGCCUCAAUUUUUCGGAUGCAACAUCAGCGCAACUUCACACCAUUGAAUAUGUGCGAAUGGAGCAACAGUUUCCAGUGUCUGCAUCCUAUCAAUUCGGCAUUCCACUGAUUACAACUUCGUGCAUCUGCGAUUGCGCCGGCGCUGAGCACGUGUCGCGCCCUCAGUAUGCCUUCAACAGACAAUUUUCGCAAGCCUCAUUAGUGAAACCUUAUGGCAAAAGUUAUACAGCGGUGAAACUAAACCAACCAGACACAAUCAUCGUUUUGAGGCACCGUAUCUACGAGCGAGCAUCGAGUCGAUGGAGCGAAGCAGCUUCCGAAGAAUUCGAAGCAGUUGUUAAUAAAGGUUCCGCGAAAAUGGAAACCAUCGACAAAAGAAAGGUUGGAUCCAUGAAACUGCUGUGCAUCCUGGAAUUGACAUGCUGGUUCCACGGUGUUUAG